AUGGUGGACCGUGCCCGUGCAUCGGGAAGCACAGCCCCAACGGGAUGCUGCCGGUUCGGCAUGUGGAGCUUAUCCUGGGUGGCGCGUGGGAAACAGAGCGACAGGGGACCGAGCAGUGACGUCGCUCGAGCCACCAUGUGGCUCGCCCAGAAGAAGAUGGGAACCAAACGCUCGGGAUCGGGGCUUGUCCGAGUUGAGCCUGAUCAAUGA